CUAGCGACGUCCUCACGGUAAAGUGGGGACUUUUGUAGCAACGCGUUCUUCUCCCGACGGCUUUCCCCAACAGACAAAACCCUAGAAUAAAGUCAUUAUUCCUUCCUCCCCUUCGUCACUCAUUCCCGUGAUCGGCCAGCCGGCAGCUCUGGUAAGUGACAGAAAGCCCAUAGCCGAUUGAGAUACUGCGCCAAGACAUCGAAUUGGACGAAAUCUCAAUGGAGAUCUCAGGAUGAACGAUUGAGAUAUCCGACAAAAAAGAUCGAUUUCUUUGAUACCCAGUUGAGCUUUCGUUCUAAAAAUAGAUUUUUUUGAAUUCCCACCUGAUUUUCCGGGCGGCAAUUGCAGAUUGUGUCGAGAAUCACAAUAUCCUGGUAAAGAUCGAGCGCUUCUUCCGACGGAAUGAGUGGCGAAAACCCAUCGUCUGGACCAGCAGACGAAUCAAAUGAAGGGAACUCCCCAGCAGUGAACACCACGAGCAACGAUCAAAUCGAUGCCAUCAGUAGGAGGGUUCAGGAAGCGCUGUCUAUGGGAAGGCGCCACCGGUUCUGGGAGACCCAGCCGGUUGGGCAAUUCAAGGAUGUCGGCGACACCAGCCUGCCAGAAGGUCCGAUCGAGGAUCCCUCUCCUCUCUCCGAGGUGAGGCAGGAGCCGUAUAAUCUCCCUAGCCCCUACGAAUGGAGCACCUGCGACAUGGACUUGGAAGAGACCUGCACGGAGGUCUACAAUCUCCUUAUGAACAAUUACGUUGAGGACGACGAGAACAUGUUCAGGUUCAACUAUUCAAAGGAGUUUUUGAGGUGGGCGCUGCGGCCGCCGGGCUAUUUCAGGAGUUGGCAUAUAGGCGUCAGGGUCAAGGGGUCGAGGAAACUCGUGGCAUUCAUCACCGGCGUGCCGGCGAAGAUUCGUGUUAGGGAUCAGGUUGUUCUGAUGGCGGAGAUCAAUUUUCUUUGUGUUCACAAGAAGCUCCGAUCGAAACGGCUCGCCCCUGUGAUGAUUAAGGAGGUCACGAGGCGGGUUCAUUUGGAGAAUAUAUGGCAGGCAGCUUAUACUGCCGGUGUUGUGCUGCCAACUCCAAUCACAACAUGCCAAUAUUGGCAUCGCUCGUUGAAUCCUAAGAAGCUUAUCGAUGUUGGUUUUUCUCGACUCGGUGCAAGGAUGACAAUGAGCAGGACGAUUAAGCUGUAUAAGCUGCCUGACUCGACAGCGACGCCUGGUUUCAGGGCAAUGGAGUUGAGGGAUGUGCCAGCGGUUACUCGGCUUCUGAGGAAUUAUCUUUCCCAAUUCAUUGUUGCGCCGGAUUUUGAUGAAGAUGAUGUGGAGCAUUGGCUUCUUCCAAAGGAAAACGUUAUUGACAGUUUUGUGGUUGAGAGCCCAGAUUCUCGAGAGAUAACCGACUUCUGUAGCUUCUACACCCUACCAUCUUCGAUUCUUGGGAAUCAGAAUUAUUCAGUACUGAAGGCAGCAUACUCGUACUACAAUGUUGCGUUGCAGACCCCUCUGCUGCAGCUUAUGAAUGAUGCACUUAUUAUUGCUAAGAAGAAGGAGUACGAUGUUUUUAAUGCAUUGGACAUUAUGCAGAACGAGACAUUCUUGAAGGAACUGAAGUUCGGACCUGGCGAUGGACAACUUCACUAUUAUCUGUACAAUUAUCGGAUAAGGCACACUCUGAAGCCUUCAGAACUUGGACUUGUGCUUUUGUAAUUCAUGGUAAUGUUCUUACAUCUCUUCAUAUAUCAGGGACAUGCAUGAACAUUUUGAUCUGUUUUGGCUCAAUUUUAUGUGAUCCAAAUUUUGUUUCGAGGACUGUUUUUCCUGUCUGUGGUGGAGAUAGAAUGAUUAUGUCUUUCAUCAUUCAAGUGUUUUGUGUAAAAGACCGUAUAUCAUUGAGGAACACAUUGAGUGUAACAUUGGGCAAUUGAAUGAUGCAUCAGAAAUGUUUAUCUGGUCCA